AUGAAGACUACACUUCUCACCUUAGCCGCCGCAGCUGGCUCUGCGAUGGCUGGCACCGUGUCCCUUGCCGGCGUCAACAUAGCAGGAUUGGAAUUCGGCACAAGCACAGACGGAAGCUGCACAACAACAAGCGCGACCGACCCAGGCGACGAUGGCAUUGCACAGAUGCAGCACUUCGCGAACGACGACGGCCUCAACACCUUCCGCCUGCCAGUCAGCUGGCAGUACCUCCUCAACAACAACCUCGGAGGCACUCUCGACGCAACCAACUUUGCGGCAUACGACAAGCUUGUGCAGGGGUGCCUGAAGACCACAGCGAAGAUGUGCAUCAUCGACUUGCACAACUACGCACGCUGGAAUGGACAGAUUGUUGGUCAGGGAGGUCCCAGCAACACCGAGUUCGCCUCGGUGUGGUCACAGAUCGCCACGAAGUACAAGCACAACCCCAAGGUGGCUUUCGGCCUUAUGAACGAGCCACACGACGUCGACAUCACCAAGUGGGCAGAGACGGUUCAAGCCGGUGUGACCGCUAUCCGCAAAGCCGGAGCCUACCAUCCCACCCACAAGAUCCUUCUGCCAGGCAACGAAUGGACCCACGUUGCCGGCUUCAUCGACAAUGGCUCCGCAGCAGCGCUCGCCAACAUCACCAACGUCGACGGCACCAAGCACAACCUCAUCUUCGACGUGCACACCUACCUCGACUCAGACGGCAGUGGCACGCACACAUCCUGCACCACCAACAACGCCGAUGCAUUCAAGACUCUGGGCGAGUGGCUUCGCACUAACAACAGGAAGGCCAUUCUCACCGAGACUGGUGGUGGUGCUACUGACAGCUCCUGCUUGACGAUGCUGUGUGAGCAGUUCGACACGAUGAACAGCUAUUCUGACGUUUAUUUAGGAUGGGUCACAUGGGCGGCCGGAAAGUUCGAGACUAGCUAUGUGCUUUCCGAGACUCCAACGCUGAGCGGCAGCACUUGGACUGAUCAGGAGCUGGUCAAGAAGUGCAUCGUGGGGAAGUUCAAGAACUAG